CGAAAUUUGCUUUCCAAUAAUUUUUAACCCUGAUCUUGAAAAUUCUGAAAGAGGAUAUUCAAUCAAAUAAACUUUGCGCAUAAGCAUCAUACCGAUUAUAGAACUGAGGACAAACGGACGUUUUCUAGAAUUGUAUCCAUUUAACACAGCCUUGCUGUAUCCUAAUGAUGAAAGUGAAAAGCGGUUUCUUAUUCUGUCGACAUUCUGCUUCAAAAUGGAGAGCACAUCAACUGAGUGUUUGUUUAUGUGGACAUUUGCGAAUUUCAUGAAAUGUAACUUGUGAUCAUGUUCGUAAAUUAAUUAUCAACUAAGAAUGACAAAAGACUGAUCGAUAUCUAGACAAAUAAUUACCAGUCCUGUACCAUACAAACGAACAAUACAGUGUUUGUAAACAUUUAACAAGCGGCUGCCCUGUCUUCCAAUGACUGUGGUCUGAAGUUGCAACCACGUAUUUGUGUGAUAAUGUAAACUAUUCUUUCAAAAUGCAUUUCCAUAAAUGUCUGAAGGUCCUUAUUAACUACAAGUUUAGUAUCUAGCACCAGGAAAUUUAGAAGUAAAAUUCAUAACAUGAACGUGGUAUGAAAUGGAUUUCCAUACAAGUUACAAGUAUACUAAUAGAAAAAUUCUCUGAAAUUUUGUGACAUAAUAUUGUUAAGAACAUUAUACAAGAUCAAACGCAUUUUAAUGAAAAUUUGCUAGAUAUUGCCUUCGUAAACUGAAAACCAUUAGUCGAAGGAGGUGAAACGAAUGGACAUGUAUUUGAAAAACGUCUUUGACACAAACUGUUCGUGUCCGAUUUCCUUCUAUUUGUGUCAUACCAAUUAUUUAUGCGGCACAUUUGGCCACGGAGAGAUGACAAUGAAAGAAACAUGAAUGCUACUUUACGACCAUUGUUGCAACAUUCUAGCUAUAGUUUAGCACGUGUACUCAAAAUACUUCUCAUUAUGGAUGCGUUAUCUGGAAACUCCGCUUUCAACAACUCGUUGGCAGAGUUGGAUGGUUUCGAUGAAGAACUGUUAUCAUCUGCUCUUCCUCAGACUCAAUCUCUUCUGGAACAUUUCAACAUCAGUGACAUUGAGAAGAUGUUAAACAUAUCGUCGAGGCCUGUUUCAAUCAUGAGCCAGUGCUACUGCAGCGGCACCAUGCGGGAAGUUUUGGUAUCGUACAAGUCAGUGCACGGGUAUUUCAGUCUGAUCGUCUGUAUAUUUGGCACCGUGGCCAACGUGCUGAAUGUGGCGGUGCUCACUAGGAAGGACAUGGUCAGCGCCCCAAUCAACAGGAUCCUAACGGCUCUCGCCAUUGCUGACAUGCUUGUCAUGCUGGAGUAUGUGCCCUAUGCGUGCUACGCGUACCUGGUGCUACCUGGGCAACUCUACAUGCCCUACAACUGGGCAGUGUUCGUGCUCUUCCACUCACACUUUACACAGGUGCUGCACACCAUCUCAAUCGGCCUGACCCUUGUUCUGGCCGUCUGGAGGUAUAUCGCCAUCAGGUUCCCACAACGAAGCCAUAUUCUAUGUUCUGAUAAACGGUGCAACCUUGCCAUCGGGAUCGGCUACACGCUGCCCCUGCUGGUCUGCAUCCCGUCCUACUUCAUGUUCAAGAUACAGGCAACGGUUGUGUUAGAGAAUGACGAGGUCAUAGUUCUGUACCACGUGGGACUGAGCGGGGUGGCCAGGGAGGAUGACGAGCUGCUCUACUACAUCAACUUCUGGAUCUACGGCAUCAUCAUUAAGCUACUGCCCUGCGCCAUUCUUACCGUCAUCAGCUGUUGGCUCAUCAAGGCGCUAUAUAGGGCCAACCGCAGGAAACAGGCCCUCAAAGGAUACAACAAUUGCAACGCUGCAGGUUUCUUGGCUUCCGAGAAACGAAUCGUAUCCAAGUCCGAAAGGCGAACAGACAGAACCACGAAGAUGCUUGUGGCCGUCCUCAUGCUCUUCCUCAUUACAGAAUUCCCUCAAGGUAUACUUGGACUUCUCAGUGUAGUCCUGGGAAGAUGCUUCUUCCGAACAUGUUACUAUUUGUUUGGUGAAGUUAUGGACAUAUUGGCACUUCUAAAUGGUGCCAUCAAUUUUAUAUUAUAUUGUUCGAUGAGUCGACAAUUUCGUACAACUUUCGCAUUGCUGUUUAAGCCUAGAAUGUUGAGGAAGUGGUCAACGCCUGCCUCACAGACAGACGUACAAAGUACUUACGUCUGAUACAGACCGAACAGCACAACCACAUUGCGGAGUUUCCUAAGACUUUCAAGUCGAAGAAAGAUUCCUACAGUGUCUCAGGAUUGUGUAUGAAUUAUCUGUCAAUUAAUAACCUCAAUAUUCGUAAAUAUAUUAUAACGAAUGUUUCAAGCAUUUUAGAUCUAGGGAAUAAUAAAGUAAUUAAUUACAUUACAAUAAAUUUAAAGUAAUAAACGUAGUUAAAUCGUUUAUCGUUUGAGUGUGUAUUGGGAGUUUAUCGGGAGAACUGAGAGUAAGGUGUCAUAAAAUGUAUCGCUGUGACAAACAAUGUUAAUUACAUUAAGUAUUUUUAUGUAAAUACUACAUAUAACCAUUGAUGAGAUCUCAUUUUUCGU